UCAACGCGCAGCGUGUCUCCACCAUGAAGCCUCAGUCCGUCUGUCCGCUUGCCCUGCUGAGCCUCUUCUGUGUACUGAUCACAGUGCAAGAGUCAGUCAGCCCGUUUGCACCAGGAAGAUGUUUGUGUCCACAGAUGCAGAAUCGUGUCAGAGGGCAGCUGAAAGACCUGAAGGUUUUCCCCCAAAGCCCCGGGUGUGACAAAGAAACAGUCAUAGUGACGCUUAAGCGCAGUGGUGAAUCAGUGUGUGUGAAUCCAGAAGCGCCUAUGGGGAAGCAGUUGAUACACUGCUGGAAAAGAUCCCUUAAGUUGGGUCGUAAUGUGAAGCUGUGCCUGAGGAGGAAGAGGAGGAGAGCAAAGAGUGGUCAGCACCAGUCUCGACAGAAGGUCCGAGGUCACAAGUGAAGAGCCUCCUGAUAGCUCACUGCCUGAAGACAAACUGCUGCGUGGAUAGACACGUGUGUGUUGAGAUUUCUACCCCACCGUGGCACCUAAAAACACACUGACAGCCAGAUCACCGACACCUUAUCACUUUCUCCCUCAAACUUUCCAGAGCUCAGGCAUUAAACUUUCUCUUUUUCUUUUUAAGGCCAGCAGCUUUAUAUUUUCUGGACAAAGUGACUGAGUAAAUAGUAAAUACUAAGCCCCGGAGGCGUUAAGUAUCAUAAAUGGUGACACUUGUCAAUUCUGUCAAUGACUUCUGUGUAAACAGCUGGAAAACCUAACUGCAUAUUUUUAUUUAUUUUUAUAUGAACAUGGGCGUUUUUCAUAUAAUGAUGUUUUUCAAUAAAUGUAUCAGAAAUAUUAAACCAAUAGUAACACC